AUGACUAUACAACAAGUUGAUCACUACGUCCGCCAGCCGGGGGCCCCAAUGCCAGUCGAACACGGGAUGCAGCUGGCGCAUUACAUCGAUCGAAACAAGCCGUGCUGGUCUGAUGAGAUCUCCGACGCCCGAAAAAACGACAUCGAGUGGCGAACGCAGCCCCAGCAUCCUCUUCUCCGCCACCCCCUAUCCAUGGUGAUGCAUACCAACGAUGGCCUCGGCCCACGAGAUACACCCUUGAAUGCGAUUAUUGGUCCUUCGAGAAUUCCGCGUGCACCAAACUUCGGCAAUAGGCUACAACCUGCUCGAACAGAGAUCCCAGGGGAAGCAUUUCGCACUGCGACAGUGGAACCGAACACCAUAAGUGAUCAAUUUCGAACACUUGAGCUCGAGGAUUUUGGGGAGGAAGACGAUUCCAAGGUGGAAGAGGAUGAUUCUGAAGACGAGAGUGACUCUGAGAUGAACGAAGAUUGA